UGCAAUUAUCUAAUAAAUAAAAAGAAAGAUGUACAGCUGAGAUCAUCCGGGAUGAGGAAAAUCUUUUACAAACAAGCAUAGCUUGAAGAGACACAAGACUACUCAUGACCCAAACAAGAAGUACAAGUGUGAUGUCUGUUCCAAGAGCUUCUCCCUCCCUCAGUAUCUUAAAGAACACAAGGUCGUCCAUACAGACAAGAGACCUUUUGUUUGUAAGUUCCCUGGCUGUGGCAAGAGCUUCAGGCAGGCUGGAAAACUAUCGAUUCACAGAAAAGAACAUAAGAAUGACUCAAAGUCGAAGGCAAAAGUCAGAAUUGAGAGAAAAGAGACUGACGUAUCUUCAACAGAAGAUUUUUACCCAAGUCUUUUUAUGCCUCAGACACUGCCAGAGACAUGAGGAUUCAUUAAUCCCUUGGAUAAUUAUUGCUUUUGAGAGAGUACCUUCCUCAAUAGCAUCCAAGUCCCUUCCCAACCAUUACCUUGCUCAGUUGAGCUCCCAUAUCCUUUUAACGACUCCUACUGGAGUUGGACCAUUAAUUCUUGUCCCAUAAGAAAUUCAAACUAAAAUAACUUCUUCCAUUCAUUCAAAAGAAUCUUACCUGGUCAUGGCUUGGGGUGGUUAGGUCUGGAGGAAUGGCUGGGCAGUGAGGCUGGUCGGAGGGGAUAGGGGAGAGGGAAGAGGGGGUAGAGGAGGGGUUUUUAUGGGAUGUGAGGGUGGAAGGGGGUGGGGGUUAGAGGGGUGUGGCUCUAGCAUUUUGGGGGAUAUGGACUUAAAGGGUGAUAAGAUUAAGGGUUAGUGGUAAAACUUGCAUAAUUACUAUACUUAAAAUUUUUGAUAUUUAUGUUAUAUCGUCAAAAGAUGUUGAAUAUUAGGCGUUAUGAACUUUUGAAAGGGUAUGGUUAGAGAAACGAACGCUAUAUCCUUUGUUUGUGGACAUGUUAAUAUCACUUUUUGCCUUCAAAUGCUAACUAUUUAUCCGUUUUUAAAAAGAAAUAUAAUUUAGGGACUGUGAAGAGAAAGAUUCAUAGAGCGAGUCCCAGUUUAGAGAGUUUAUAAUGUGUAAAAUUCCAGUUUAUUCCAACAGGAAUUUCUUCGCUUCUUGUUUCUUAGGUUCUGAGACAUGAAACUAAUAUAUCAAAGUUGAGCUAAAGUUUUUAUGAACACUUUUUGCAAGAUAAGCUCAGAAUGCCUCUAAAAACCCUCCGUUAAGGAGGGUUUCUCAUGGUUAUAUUCCCAAGUUUCCAGCCUUAUCACCCAAAAGGGGUGGAAACAGGUCGAGAAAUUAUGAAAAACUGCUGCUAAUCAGGAAUCAGUACUGGUGCUUGCCAAGAGCUAGCCAAGGUUCAGUUAUAAUAUUAUUAGUUGAAGAGAUCAUAAUUGUAUUUUAAUAUUCAAUA